AGAGAGAGACAGACAGAGAGUGAGAAAGAGAGAGCUGGAUAGUAGGCCUCACCAAAUAAAGCCAUGGAGGCUUGAGUUUGGACUGCCCCCCUGCGCACUAUAAAUACGCUCGCCGCCUGGAGAUUCGGGUUUGGUGGCUGGAGCUCAGGACCGGCGACCGUUUGGACUGAGGAGCGUUUAAACCAGAGAACUGCAGUGUCCUUCAAGCGUGUCACCAUGCCAAGGGUGGACGUUGACCUCAAGCUGGACUUCAAAGAUGUCCUUUUCAGACCCAAGAGGAGCAGUCUGAAGAGCAGGUCAGAGGUGGACCUACAGCGAACCUUCACAUUCCGCAAUUCCAAGCAGACCUACAAUGGCAUCCCUAUCAUUGCUGCCAACAUGGACACCACGGGCACCUUUGAGAUGGCCAAGGUGCUGAGCAAACACACGCUCUUCACCGCCAUUCAGAAACACUACUCUGUGGAGGAGUGGAAGACGUUUGCAGCCAACUACCCAGAAUGCUUAGAGCACAUAGCCGCUAGCUCUGGCAGUGGCCAGGCUGACCUGGAGAGGCUGUGCGCUAUACUGGAAGCGGUGCCACUCAUUAAGUACAUCUGCCUGGACGUGGCAAACGGCUACUCGGAGCACUUCGUGGAGUUCGUCAAAGUAGUCCGGAGCAAGUUCCCCAACCACACGAUUAUGGCUGGCAAUGUGGUGACGGGCGAGAUGGUGGAGGAGCUAAUCCUCUCCGGGGCUGACAUCAUCAAAGUGGGCAUCGGGCCAGGUUCGGUGUGCACCACACGCAUCAAGACCGGAGUGGGCUACCCCCAGCUGAGCGCCGUGAUCGAGUGCGCUGACUCCGCCCACGGGCUCAAAGGACACAUCAUCUCGGAUGGAGGCUGCAGUUGUCCUGGCGACGUGGCUAAAGCAUUCGGGGCCGGGGCCGACUUUGUGAUGAUGGGGGGAAUGCUGGCGGGGCACGACCAGUGCGCCGGCGAGCUCAUCGAGAAGAACGGCAGGAAGGUGAAGCUGUUCUACGGGAUGAGCUCCGACACCGCCAUGAAGAAAUACGUGGGAGGCGUGGCCGAGUACAGGGCCUCUGAGGGAAGGACGGUGGAGGUGCCCUACAGGGGCGACGUGGAAGAUACCAUCCGGGACAUCCUGGGGGGGCUGCGCUCCACCUGCACCUACGUGGGCGCGGCCAAACUGAAAGAGCUGAGCCGCAGGACCACUUUCAUUAGAGUCACACAGCAGUCGAGCCAAAUGUUCACCUAACACACACACACACACACACACACAGACGGACUCACACGCAAAUACAUGCAUGCAUGCACGCACACACACACACAGACUCACACGCACACAUGCAUGCAUGCACACGCACGCACACACACACACACACAUAGACUCACACGCACACAUGCAUGCAUGCACACACACACACACACACAGACGGACUCACACGCAAUACAUGCAUGCAUGCACGCACGCACACACACACACAGACUCACACGCACACAUGCAUGCAUGCACACACACACACACACACACACAGACGGACUCACACGCAAAUACAUGCAUGCAUGCACGCACGCACACACACACAGACUCACACGCACACAUGCAUGCAUGCACACACACAUACACACAUGCAUGCACACACACACACGCACACACACAUGCACGUACACGCACAUGCAUGUACGCACAUACACACACACACACACCAUCAUUUCCCAAUAUGUCACAAGGGGAACAUCUCUCAUGCUGUGUGUGAAACAUUAGACUGUUCAUAUUUCAUAUCUUCCUCCCAGGUGGAUCUCCUGUACAUUCUCUGUAGAACAGGGCAGGAUUCUCUCUACAGGGGCCUGAAUACUUCACCCCUAUACCUUAGUUAUCAGUUCAUGUAAAGUAAUAGCACUGGAUUCUGAACUGGAAUUUCUUUCAGGACACUUGGCAGCUUACACGUCACUACAGGACAUAUUUUAUUAGGGAACUACAUCGAGUUGCUCACUGCUACGAGACUUGGGCCAUUUAUGACAUAACGCUGCAUCACGCUCACUGAAAGCAUGAUUCAGCCCUUUAACAGACAGACGUUAUCUGAGCAUGUGCAAUGGCAUGGGGGCACUCCUUACAUAUAAAACUGUAAUGCCACAGGACUUGUCUUGUCUCUCGAGACACAGUAAGUUCUCAAUGUAGGGAAAAGUAUGGGGGAAAGCCACGUGCUGGGAACUCCGGUGGGAGUGGCUCCCGGAAGCUUACCUUCAGGAAUGGGCAACGACCCUGCUGAGAAUUCUGUUUGUAAUGAUGGACUUCAUUAGACAGAAAGCAAGCAGGAAGCGUUAAUGAAGCUGGGUUUGUUUCUGUGACAGAUGUGUGGCUUUCUCCCGCAACAGGGGUGCUGGGCAAUGCUGGUGAGACAUAACACCGUGGAAUGCAGUAAUGGAUGUACAGUAGGCCUUUGAAAUGCUACAUUAAAGGAACAACUAUUCAGUUACAGUCAAA